CAAUUGGAAUGGAGUGUCUCGGCAGAGUGGAAUGUCCGGGAAAGCUACGGGUUAAUUUAAGACUAGGAGCAAAGCCUGUUGCCAAUUAGGAGCAGUGAGCGCCACAUGUGGGCUAGACGUAGCUGUCUCCAGAAGGGGCAAAGGGGGCAGAAACCGCGGUGCGCGCAAUGGAGACGAGCUGAAUAUCUGUGCAAUCACUUGUUCAAGAUCAAUUGGCAGUUACAUGUAUGGACACGUUGCAACAUGGCACACAUCUCCACCAUAUUUUUACUCUGUGUAACAUCUGUACUCAGUGGAGCAGAGAGCGUACCUGAGAUCUGCCGGGGGGCGCGCUGCUUCUCUGGCCAGGACUGGAGCAGACCGUGCGUCGGAGCGCACUGCCAGGGGCGCACGGAGACAGUAGCGUUCCGGCGGCAGUUUCACCACGUUGCACAAUCCAGACAAGGGCAAGUCCACCCGAGUUACCAACAGGAUGCUCAUUUCAGUCAUCACCAAGCCCAGAGCGCGCCGUUAGCACCGUACACCAUCAUCCAACCUCAGCCGGGAAGCUUUGCGCAACAAGCGGGUACGGAUGGCACCAGGAGGACGAACCCGAGAACCAUCACGGCGGAGGUGUUCCAUCCUGGCUGUGCCGGUGGAACCUGUCCGACCACUGUCUCUCAUCGCCCGACGAGUGACGAUAGUGCAACACGGGAGUGCAAAGGGAUUGGAUGUAAACUUCCCCUCCGGAUGCGCCAGAAGCCCAAGCCUUGCGUCGGAGAAGGUUGCGGUACGCACGGAGGAGACGACGGGAGAGCAAACUCUUCACCGGUUCAUGUGACAGACAGAGCGGCGCAAUUUCUGGAUGAGCUUCCAGACUUCGGGUCGGAACCUGGUGCAUGGAUACAGUUGACAUGUGACAUGAAACCAGGGAACAAUGAGGUUCCCAAUGAGGAUGCUCUUGUAUUACAGCUGCAGCUGUCUAAGAGCCAGGAGAAGCUGGUUGAGGCCCUCAGGGGCCAGCAGGAAGAGGUUAGGGAGCUGCAGAGGCUCCUCAGUGAGCAGCAGGGGACGCUGGUCAACCAGCAGAGAGAAAUACUGGAUCAACAGAGAAGGAUGUAUGAACAGAUGGAGCAAGUUAAAGCCCAGCACAAAGCAUUGAUGGACAGCAUCAAACAAACAUCUUUCCAGAACCUGCAGGGGGAGCUAGACAGUCACAUGGAAACCUUGAGUGGGCAGGCUAGAGCCCAGCUAGCACAGCAGGCUCUGUCUCUCCACAAGGUGGACAUGGAGGCCAGCGUGAUGGAGGUGGGUCGCUCCCUGUUGGCCUGUGGGAGCUGCAGUCCUGAGGAGUACUGUGGCUUCAGCAGUGGUCGGCCUCGCUGUGAGAAAUGCACCAUCUGUCCUGCCGGCUUCUUCCUGGUCGCCCAGUGUUCAGUCCACGCAGACAGAAUCUGCCAGGACAGAGAUGAAUGCCUUGAAAUAAAUAAUCUGUGUGGAGAUCAACAGAAGUGUCUCAAUACUCCAGGUGGAUUCAGGUGCCAGGGCAUGACAGAGCGAGAAGCCAACUCAGGAAUGUGCGGCCACGGAUACUUCUACAACUCGGACAUGGAUGAGUGUCAGGCCUGUAAUGAGUGUGAUGGAGAGCCCGUGGCUUCACCUUGUACCUUCAACACAGACACUGUCUGCUCUGGCCCUGCUGCUUCUGACAGUGCCCUCUCUCUAUCCUGGGCCGGAGAUGUGAGUCUACCUGGUGCAAAAGGCCACAUCCUGGCUCACGCUUUCCCUAGUGUGCAGCUUCACAUCCAGGGAAGAGGUGAUGUAGGUCUGGUGUCCGCUGAGGACGGACGCCUGGUACUCAGGCAGCAUGGUCUGGUCUGGCUGGAUGAGAAUCUCUCGGUGAGCCAUGGCUGUCGUAGCUUCAUCCAGGUGUGUCUGCGUAUGAACAACACAGACGGCUCUGAGGGUCGUGACCUCAGUGGCGUUAGGGUCGAGCAGCAGGAGGGAAGGUCGCUCCAGAGCGUCAGCAUCAGCGGCGUAGCAGAGGUCGCUCCAGGUCACCAUAUCUCCCUCUUCUUCCGGAGCGCCAGCCACCACUGUAACCAAAGCAGUGAAGGUCUGCAGCUGUACGACACUUCAGCAUCUUCUCUUAGUCUCCUCUGGCUUUCUCAUGACACCGGGGCUGUUGCCAUGACAGCACAGGCCACGGUGUCUGCACAUUACCAUACAAACUAUCGCCCGGUCUUCCGCACCACCUCCACCUCUGACCCUUACGUAGUAGGGCUGACUCACGACGGCCGAGGGAUCCGUUUUGCAGAAAGUGGCACUGUGCGUUUUGUAUUUCAGCAGGCGUUGUACUCUAUGGGCCAGGCGUGUGUGAGUGAAGGCUUCCAACUGUUGGCGUACCUCAACCGUAACGGAACCGGCAUGGAGCUGUGCCGUACCUUCAAACCAGGCGUCCACUAUCGAGACACAUCCAUAUCUCUGUCUGGAGCGGCUAAAGUUGGCCCUGGGGACACACUGGGCUUUGAGAUCCUCUCUCCUGCUCAAUGCAACGUACGUUUCUUUGGCGAUGAGACGGGCAUCAGUACUCUCAGCUUGGUUUGGGUCCCCUCUGCUAUCUCUUCCUCUCUGUCUGCCUCCGUGGCUCACACCGGCCUUCCCUCAGGAGCAGUUCGAAACAAGCUGCUGUUCUUUCGCCAGACCAGCGCUCAGGUGUCCCAGAUGGGGCUGCUAGGGAAGGGAUCCACAGAUCAGAGACAUGAUUUUAUCUUCAGGGAGAGUGGCACAGUCAGUGUGGCUCUGGAUCUCAAACUCAUUCACUCCUGCAACCUGGUUAAGGUGACUCUUCUAAGGCGAAGUGAUCCAGAGGGGUCAGGAGGAGGCCGGGAGGCAGAGGCAGCCCGACCCGUCCCUCUGGCCCAGCAGGUGGGUGGUCAGAUGCCUGAGGGCAGCCAUUGGGCCAGUGUGAGCCUGCGGGCAUCUUUCCAGGUUCAUAACGGCACAGCAGUGUUCUUCAUACUGGACUGUGUACGCGGAAGGGUCAACCAGAUCAGCCACCAAUCAGGAAGUGGAGUGUCAAUCCUCUGGGUGGCAGCAUAACCUAAGUAAGACAAAACUACCAUGUUGUUUUUUUAAUAUGAUUUCCAGUUCAGUAGAACAGAUGUUAAACCAUUUAUAUGAUGGACUAGUUUCAUUGGUUUGAUUUUAAACGAAUAAGACAUUUUGGGAAAGACAUUAUUUGUUUUCUUGCUGGGAGUCAGACGAGAAGAUUGACACUACUCUCAUAUUUGCCUGUUGAGUAUGAAGCUACCACCAGCAACCUGUCAGCUUAGCUUAGCAUAAAGACUGGAAACAGGGGGAAACAGCUAGCCUGGCUCUGUCCAUGGCUCUGCUAUAUCUUGUUUGUUUAAUACGUACAAAAUGCAAAGUGUAAAAGCAACAUGUUGUGAUUUUAUGCCAUGCUAGCUGCUUUCCCCCAGCCUUUGUGCUAAGCUAAGCUAACCGUCUCCUGGCUUUAGCUUGAUAUUUAACAGACAGAUAUAAGAGUGGUGUCGAUCUUCUCAUCUAACUCCCGGCAAGAAAGUGAAUAAGCAUAUUUCCCAAACUUUGAACUAUUUCUUUAAGCUGCUUAAUUUUGUAGUGAGUAGCCAACAGCUAAUUUGUGUUGAAAAAAAAGCUUAAAUAUGGACUUUUAUUUAAAAAAAUUUUUAGCAUUGUGCAUCAAUCAUUGUAUUUAUAUUAAUGCAAGUAUUAGUAUUGUGUAAUGAUUUCUAUUGAAGUGCAAAUGAUUGCUCUAAAAAACUGUGUUUACCUGAUAAUACAGGAGGACAGUUUUGAACUUUCUCACACUUGAGUUUUCUGCUUUUUUAUGUUCAGAAAUUCCAUGUGUUGUACUUUGUCUGUCUUUUAUUUAUGUAAUUCAGUUAUUCUGUUGACGCCAAAGGACCUGUAGAUCAUUCCCACUGUGACUACAGCAUUUUCUGCUGUCACCAAAAGCAGUUUGCUGGUGCUGGUUUCAUUCAGGAGUGUGUUUUUUAAGAGCAUGUGUUUCAUGUUAGCCGCCAUUUUCUAAUGUGAAUAUCUACUGCAUGCCUUGUUUAAUGACCACUUUCUGCAUAUUAUGGACUUAAAGAGAUAUGUGUUUCACUAAGCCCCUGUUGACAUUAAACUGUCCUGGAGAGACAGCAUCCUAUUCUAAAUAUUAACACCUUAAGAUAUAGUUACUGGCUACUCAAACUAAACUGUAAUAAAGUGUAUAUUUGAUGUUUUAUAUUAAAUACAAUACAAAUAAAUUAGUUUUGCCUGA